UGCCAGCAGUACACACGCGGCAGUGAAGACCGGUCUCUGCUGACAAGCCCCAGCUCCAUCACCUGCUCUGCAUCAUGAAGGUCCCCACAGCUGCCCUUGCUGUCCUUCUCUGCACCAUGGCUCUCUGUGACCAAGUCUUCUCAGCUCCAUAUGAUGCUGACACCCCAAUCUCCUGCUGCUUCUCCUAUAGCCGGCAGAUUCACCGCAAAUUCAUUGCUGACUAUUUUGAGACCAGCAACCUUUGCUCUCAGCCAGCUGUCAUUUUCAUAACCAAGAGAAACCGGCAGGUCUGCGCUGACCCCAAAGAAACCUGGGUGCAAGAAUACAUCGCUGACCUGGAACUGAAUGCCUGAGAGGCUUGGAGGCAGUGAGGUGUCCCAAGUCCACAAAAGUACACAGCUAAAGUACAGGUGACAGUCCAAUAGUGAGAUCCGUGGGAAGUAUGUAUACACUCCACAUGGAGAACCCGACUGCAGAGCUUCAGGGACACUUGCCUUUUGGAUAGUCACUGUCAGUUCUGUAGACAUCUUGUGGAAGCAUGACAUUCCUCCCUUCCAAAAUAUCCCAGGAGUGGAUAAAUCGUUCAUUGAGAUAACCUGACUUUUCCUCUGCAGGUAACUGGAUACCUUUUCCCACGCUGUGAAGUUCUGGUUUGAAAACAUUCACUCAGCCAAACCUUUGUUCUAAUAGUGUAAUCUACAUAAGUUAGUCCCCCACAAUUACCCUUAUUGACAAGGUUCAUUGCCAAGAAUGAAGCCCUAGGCAGGAGGAAUUGAGCACAGAGACACUAUGUCUGCUCUUGCUGAUAAACAGGUCUGGGUGGCCCUGAAUUCUCUAACAGCAGACUCAGGAAGGUGGAAUCGAUUGGCCUUUUGCUCUAACCCAACAAGCUACUCAUAUUCAGUAUUUACCCUUCGUCUUGGUUUCAUUGAACACAAUAGCAUAGCCAAGGACAUUAACUGUGUGUGCCUUUACCACUAAAGAUACAGGAGAAAGGCUUGAGUCCAUACACCAGCCUCAGAAAGAAAUCAGUUCUCACCUGGUGUUGCCAGGCACCCUGCUGGAGCCAGAAGUCUCCAGAGAGAUUCCCUUUAACUCAGCCAGCUAGAUGCUGUUGAGAAUCAAACACCUUGCCUUCCUCCCAAGCCCAUGAGUAGUUGCUGUGGUUACCAAAGCCUUAUUCCCAGUCACCAGGGAAAGAAGCAGAAAUGUUCGGAAAGCACAGUAGCAGUGCUGGGCUUUUCUACAAUUAUUAACCAUAAACUUCCAGCUACACUUAAGAAAUGUAGUUAGUGCACGAAAAUGUCUCCUUAGAAUUCUGUCAUGAUUUAAAGUGCCAUUCUUAAUCAAUCCUCCCGAUAUCUACCGGGGAGUUUCAUAGUCACGCCUCUCCCUCUGAGAUGUAAGAAGAGGCCUUCCUGUAUCUGUUUCUGUGAGUCUGUGAAAGGCGAGUUUGAUACUAUUGUAACUGCUUAUCGAAUUGUUAAUUUGUCUGUAUGAUAUAAAAAAUGAAAGUCUUGUGGGGAAUGAUCCUUUUCCUUCCUCGCCCAAGGAAUAAAGAAACCUGCAGAAGAAACGUGCUCGACUCUGUUUGUUCUGCCCCUCAGAUCCCGUUGCCCAGCAAGUUUUCACUUGCUGUAGACAUCGUUCUGGCCCCGGAGGGAGAGCUGAGGCUGGGACUCAGUAGCCCCUGUUAGUGAGGCAAUCAGAAACCUAUGAGCCCUGUGUGAAGCAGGGAUCUAAGCCUCAAAACAGCCCAGCCACCUCCACAGCUCCAUCUCCUGUAAACUGUUUGCUGCCAAGUAGCCACACAUAGGGACUCUCAACUUGAAUUCUAGUUUAAUUUUGUAAUUUAUUUUAUUGUCACACUUGUGUUUGUGACUCUUAGUUCUGAACGAUCUCAGGGAACUUUCCAACACCCAUUUCCCCCUUCCCUUGCUCACACUGUGUUUGGUGACAGUGGGAGUGGCUGUCACCAGCCUGUUCUAGGUAGAUACAGUGACAAGGUCACAUACUGACAAACAAACAAUGGAUGUUUUGUUUACACAGAGGAAUAAUAA